GCGUGCCCCGCGGCGCUGCCCGGAAAGAGCCGUCAGCAGUGGACGUUGGCGGGCGGUGCUGGAGCCGGCGGCAGCGAUGAGCGGGCAGAUGGCGGUGCUGGGUUCAGCCAUUCUGGCUCUCUUGUUAGCUGGCUAUCUAGCACAGCAAUAUUUACCAAUGCCUACACCAAAAGUGAUUGGAAUUGACCUUGGCACAACUUACUGCUCUGUUGGUGUCUUUCUGCCUGGAACAGGGCAGGUGAAAGUUAUUGCAGAUGAAAAUGGGCACAACAGCAUACCAAGUAUAGUCUCCUUCACAGACAAAGAUGUGUAUGUAGGAUAUGAUGGCCUAGAACUGGCCGACUCAAAUCCUCAGAACACCAUCUAUGAUGCAAAAAGAUUCAUUGGGAAAAUCUUCACUUCAGAGGAACUGAAAAGUGAAAGUAGCAGGUAUCCCUUUAAGAUUUUCAAUAACAAUGGAUCAGCUGAGUUUUCUUUGACAACUAAUGAAACCUUUCACAUAACUCCAGAGCAUAUUGGCUCUCAGCUCUUGUUGAAAUUGAAGAGAAUGGCUGAAAACUCUCUUGGCAUGCCCAUUUCCAAGGCAGUCAUCUCUGUGCCAGCUGAGUUUGAUGAAAGGCAACGGAAUUCUACCAUUAAGGCAGCCAACCUUGCAGGGCUAGAAAUUUUACGAGUAAUCAAUGAGCCCACAGCUGCAGCUAUGGCUUAUGGACUUCACAAAGCUGAUGUGUUUAAUGUUCUGGUGGUGGAUUUGGGUGGAGGAACUUUGGAUGUGUCUCUGCUGAACAAGCAGGGAGGGAUGUUCCUCACACGAGCCAUGGCAGGGAACAACAAACUUGGAGGCCAGGAUUUUAAUCAGAGGUUGAUGCUGUAUUUAUAUGAUCAGCUCCAUCAAACGUAUGGUUCUCUGCCAACAAGAAAAGAAGAAAUACAUCGCCUCAGACAGGCUGUGGAAGCAGUUAAAUUAAAUUUGACUGUUAAUGAGACAGCUAUGCUGAGGGUAUUGUUGACUAUGCCAGAAAGGAAACUUACAAAAGAACUUCCAGAAAGUGAAGUAAAAACAAACACUCUGCUAAAAGGCAAGCCUUCAGAAACAGUGAAAUAUCUGCAAAAUCUUGCAGACACUUCAGAAGUAGAGAAUAAUUCUGGCAGUGUGGUGUUUGAAACAGAAAUCUCCAGGAAGCUGUUUGAGAUGUUAAAUGAGGACCUUUUUGAGAAGAUUCUUGUGCCCAUUGAACAGGUGUUGAAGGAAGGCCACCUACACAAAGCAGAAGUGGAUGAAAUUGUGUUAGUUGGAGGCUCCACCCGGAUUCCUCAAAUACGCAAAGUUAUUCAGGAUUUCUUUGGAAAGGAACCUAACACCUCUGUAGAUCCUGAUCUGGCUGUUGUAAUGGGCGUAGCUAUCCAAGCAGGAAUUGUUGGUGGGUCCUGGCCUCUCCAAGUCAGCGCUGUAGAGAUUCCUAAUAAGCAUUUACGGAAGACUAAUUUUAACUGAUCAUAAACUCCUUCCCAUUGCAUUCCAUCUCUCCAAAAGCAUACUAUGAUGGUGCAGAAUUGCCUGACUGGCAGGGGAGCCUAAUCUUAGCCAUAUUAUAUUAAUUCUUAUCUAUUCCAGUUCAGUGUCACUGGACCCCUAACUGUGUUGAAUCUAGAUGUUACUAUAAAGGUACAAGUCAUUUUUGGAAGUUCUGAAGUAUCCUGUGUUUGCUGGUGGACUGGAUAUUGGAUGAAAAUGCCAGUGAUGACUCGCUCACGUUUUCUUGCUAAAUUUUAUUAGCAAAUCCAGAAGAGGUGUAUGUUUAAAAUGUAAAGGGAGUGUAACCAAAGUUUAGAGGUAAUGUGCUAUGGCACUGUAGUUGUUCCUGGGGCCAUCAUAUUUACUUGGAAAGAAUAUGAAGCAGUGUCAAUGCACAUAGCCCUAGCAGUGUUGAGCUUAGAUUUAUUUAUUAAAUUGAGUCAUUUGGGCAUUUAAGCACAUUUCUAAAGGGUAUGUUGUAGCUUGAAUGAGACUUAUGCAUUCACUUGAUUCUGCUAUUCAUAACAGCACAACAGUAUUGGUGAGGUUAUGUGACAAACUGUUUCAUGUUUCAGCCAAAUGGUAUUAAGAGACAUGGCUCUUGCUAAUGUGGAGUACCACAGUGCCUCCUAGGGCUGCUUUCCUGAGCUGGUUGUGGUGGUUGACAUACAGGUGUUCUGAUAUACAUACCACUGAUCUUCUCCACAGUAAACAAGGGCAUUGGCCAGCUAGUUAUACCCCCCCAUCAUUUUGAAAACAGUAAUUUUGUGUAUCCUAAAGUCACACCUGUGUGUCUUCCUUUGAAUUUGACCAAUAUUAAUUUAAUUGUUGUGUAUCUACAACUUUGUGACAUUUUUCUCCUGGAGUACCCCAAGCUGCACUGUUUUCGGGGAGAAAUUGUGGGACAGAAGGAUCCUAGAUGACAUCUAGUUCCUGUAGUCCUAGUAAAAGAAAAUUCACCCAAGUGUUGCAUACUUUUUAUGUUGUAUCUCUGGUUUAAGUUGUUUCGUAUCCUCACUCUAAGCUCAACAUAGAUCAGAGAUUGUAGAUGUUCUUUUGGGAGAGGAAGCAGUGUGUGUGUAACUCAAGUGGAGGUCACACUUUGUAAAACUUUAGUUUAGACAAAUAAUAUUCUGCCCAGCUAUCUAACAAAUGAACAGGAAGAAAAAAAGUUAGAAGAUCUGAAAAAAAAAAAAACCCCAAACCAAAAACCAGUGACAGUUCUGCCUUCUUUAGAUGGUUAAAUCAGUAAUUAAAGGCCAGAUGAGUUCUUAUGUCUGUGUAGAAUUUUACACAAUGAAAGCACUUCAUUCAGCUCAGACUGGCUUCGACAUGUAUCAACCCAAUCUUACUACUGUAACUUCCAGUAUCAGGUGGUUCUAAGCAUUUGCUUAUAUUCUCCAGAAUAAUUUUGCUGCUUUUGCAAGCUUUUGUAUUAAGCUUGCAAAAAAAAAAAAAGUGUGUGGGACUUAGAUUUAUUGUUUAACUUAUGACCAUAUUAAAAUAGGCUUCUUAUUCUCCUGGCAGUAGGCCUGAUUUAUGGCACUGCUUUAAAUCAGUUGUGCUGAUUCAGCUGUUUGCAUAACUAUUGUCUAAACAUUUCUUUGGAGCAAUCUAAUUAAAAUCCUCUUAAAUGGAAUCAUAGUUGCACACAAGCAUUCCAUCAGCAUUGCUUAACUUCAAAGAAGUUUCACAAAGUAUUACUAACAUCUGUUUUAAUUUCCCCAAGUUGAAAGAGUGGUGUUUUUGGGUUUUUUUAAUUUGAGGAUUUUUUUCUUUUAUAGCUCUUUUUUGCUAAUUCUGUAUGGAACUUGUAGUAACACAUGAUGAUGUGCUCAAAAGGUGUUGCACAGUUACAGGCAGUGAAUGGUAAGGCCCAAAAAAACUGCAACCCCUGAGUUGAUAGAAGUGCCUCUCCAGUGGAAUAAUGGGUGAAUGCCAAUACACAGCACAGUUCCUAUAUGCAGUUGCUAUUUGGGACCUUGCCUUCCAGAUACAUGUGGAUGUAUUUAACUCAACAUGGAUUCCAAUGUGUUCGGAGUCAUUGUGGCCUUUUCUUCUGUCCUGCUGUAAAUUCAUCUCAAAGUCUACUGGAAUUGCAGUAGGUUUUUAGUCCUCAUUUUACUCAUGCACUGUGUAAAAUGAGGAGGCCUGUAGAAAACCAGAACUGCAUCGCAGUGAAGUUAAUCUUUUGAAAGCUUUUUGCAAUUCUGGGACAAGCUAGCUGGGAGUGUGGGAGUAAUUCAACUGUUAAACUCUCAAUGCAAAUAAGUGAAGUACUUUGUUCUUUUUCUUGCACAUACUCCUUCACUCUGGAGGAGUUAAAUCUCCUUCAGUGUUCAUCUAGGAAUUGUAAGGGAUGGGUAGGUUGUUUACAUGUGAAAAUAAUUUGCAAAGGGUAUUUAUUCAGAUUUCUAUCAGAUAUUUUCUGUUAGUAGAAAAGAUACUGUACAUUGGGUAUCUCACAACAUGUCCUUAUUUAUUAAAUAACGGAUUUCUGCAGUCAAGUUACUUAUUUUGUGUCGUGAUUUUUAGUACUGUAUUUUGGCACAAACCAUUGAAUUUUAAAGAUGCAUCCUCUCUCUUUUAAUUGUACGUUUUGGGAUAUGCACAUGUACUGUUUACAAAAAGUCUCUCUUUAAAUAAAUAGAUAUUUUAAAGAUAAAAUCUGAGAAAGGCUGCCUGUGGUGUUUGCUGUGUAACAAACUUAUAUAGCUAAAACUUGUUCUGCGAGUUGAAAUUCUGAAAGUAUUAAGAUGCCUCACCAAAUCUAUGUUGCUGAAUUCAGUGCCAUUGACAUGCAUUUUAUAAAUAACCCUUCAGAAUGGUUUUAAUAAAAGCAAAUUCUGCCCCUUG